UCAGAGCGGCAUGGACAACGUUCGCAACCCCGUCGGCAAUCCCCUCGCCGGCAUCGACCCCUUCGAGAUCCUCGACACUCGCCCCUACACUUCCCUCCUCUCCUCCUUCGUCACCUCCAAUUCCAAGGGCAAUCUUUCCCUCACUAAUCUGCCAAGGAAAUGGAACGUCUGCGUAGUGGGUUCCCAUGAUCUGUACGAACAUCCACACAUCAACGACCUCGCCUACAUUCCGGCGGAAAAGAACGGAAGCGUCGGCUUCAAUCUUCUUGUUGGCGGUUUCUUUAGCCCCAAGCGCUGCGCAGAGGCUGUCCCCCUUGACGCCUGGAUCCCCGCCGACGAUGUCGUUCCACUCUGCAAGGCCGUUCUCGAGUCCUAUCGUGAUCUGGGCUCCCGCGGUAACCGGCAGAAAACCCGCAUGAUGUGGCUCAUCGACGAACUCGGUAUAGAGACAUUCCGCUCGGAGGUCGAGAAGAGAAUGCCGAUGGGGGAGUUGGAGAGAGCGUCGCCGGAGGAGCUGGUGAUGAGGCAAUGGGAGCGAAGGGAUUACCUCGGCGUACACCCGCAGAAGCAGCCGGGGUUGUCCUUCGUCGGCCUACACGUGCCUGUAGGCCGCGUCCAGGCAGAGGACAUGUUCGACCUGGCAAGAAUCGCGGACGCGUACGGCUCCGGCGAGCUCCGGCUGACCGUAGAGCAGAACGUAAUCAUCCCGAACGUGGAGAACUCGAAAUUGAGCGCGCUGCUUGGGGAACCGCUGCUUAAGGA